AAAAUAGCAACAGCUGUUUGAGUCGGCUUAUAGAAGCAACAUCGUGGAUGUGAACAUCGUUCACCGUCGGAUAUCGAGCUGUUUGUCCCCAUAGUGGACCACUGACCGGGAUCGAUUCAUAACCAUCAACAGCUGUGGGUGAGGGAAUUGUUUGCAAUGUGAUCUAGUGGCGAAGGAGGAGGAGGAGAGAGAGAGAGAGGGGGAACAUGCCUGCUGAUGUUGCUGUCUCAUUGAGCCUCGCUACCCUCCUGCUGAUCACAUGGAACACGAUGAUGGUGACAGCCACAGUGCCAGUGGCUCCAGUCAACGUAUCGGUAAGUCAGCUGAGAUCAGACUCCGCCCUCAUCAUCUGGAGUGUACCACAGGGAGACAUUGUCAUCGGCUACGUCAUCUCACAACAGAGGCAGGACGGGCUGAUGCAGCGCUCCAUUCGGGAGGUGAACUCGUCGAGUCGAGCGUGCGUGUUGUGGGACCUGGAUGAAGACACACACUAUAGCGUACAGGUCCAGUCCAUAGGUCUUCAGGGAGACAGCCAGCCCAGUCACACUGUGCACUUCAGGACCCUGGAGAAGACUGAUCACUACCCUAUAGGAAGCAUAGACGAUGACCCGACCAUGGAAGGGAUGGAUCUGACCCCUAACCUGCAGACUGGAGAACUACUCAUCGUCACCACUGUACUGCUACUCUGGGCAGCGGUAAUAGCUCUGUUCUGUCGUCAGUAUGACAUCAUCAAGGACAAUGACUACAAGGACAAACCCAAACGCCCCUAUGUUCGGACCGAACCAUCUUACUACAGCACCAGCGUCUCGGCUCAGAGCACGCCACUCUACUACAACGGGGGGGUACAAGGCAGCAAGGUGAUAAACAAAGUUUUAAUUUACAAGGAUGUGUUUGUGUCAUCAGUGUAUAACUCAAUUCUUCUCUCUGUCAGUUCCACAGGACCUCCUCUUCCUCUUCCAUCAUCAGAGUGUGACAGGAUCUCCUCCUCUUCCUCCAUCAUCAGUCUGUGACAGG